AACGACCCAGGACAUACUGUGGUCGGUAAACAGUCAGGUAAUAUGUGAAAUGCCAUUAUUUUUAAAUUUAAAAUUUGUGUUGAUACGAUUCGAUCCGCCUUUUCAUGAGGAAUCCGAAUAUGGUCUUGGAUUUUAUUUUUGACCUUGUUUUAGUGAAGUAAUCUAUCAAAAACCGUUCGUAAAAAUUAUGCCUAAAACUUGCUUUUUUGGUUUCUCUGCUUAAAGUAUUUUGAGUCUAUAUUCCUGAAAAUAAAAGCUUUUUAAAAAGUUUUUUUUACCAGAACACUCAGAAUGAAAAGCUCUACAAUCACUGAAAAUUUCAUUGAAUUCGACAACCAUUUUGUUAUCCAUGCCUAGGACUCCAAGGGGUGUCCCAUACGAAAAAUGAACUUUUUUACCCUACCUUAUUUCAAAAAUUCUUAAGAAGCGGGAUGAACUAUAUACAUGGGCUAAUAGACUAGGACUAGUACUACACCAAACGAUUGUCCAGUAUGCUCCCAAAUUCUGCGUUCGUGAGAAAUGUUGACCACAAUAUGUCAAUUUUUCACUAUAUGUGAAUAUAGGGUAACGGCUUGUAUUACCUACUUCUCAAUAUAAAUCCAUUGAAUCUAUGAUUAUUAUAUUCUUAAAUAGACACUAGAUAUAUGUAUUUAACACGACUAGAAUCGAUCAAUAAUUAUCAUAUUAUGAUGGAGAAUGGUAUGCGCAAAAAUGGCUAUUUUUUGUGUUUUUUCAUUUUUUGCAUAAUCUUGUAUAGGACCAACCCGUAAACUAGUAGUAUGAAUGAGCUGAUAUAGUGUUGUGCACAAUAUAUUAACUUAGUGCUGCACACAUUUAUAGAAAUUUCCAGUCGUUCGGUUUACUUACAGAAAAAAGUCAAUACUCCAAAAUAGCGAAAAAUCAUGAAAAUGGUCAUUAUAGGUAAAAGUUUAUAUUUUGUGGUCUAAAAAAAACCAUGAUGCCGACUGAAAGUUAGUAGAAUUUUUUUGUAGAUAGCCUUAGGGUAUUAAGAACUUGACUUGCUGAAAGUUUCAGCUCGGGCGGAGAAGGUCACCGUAUACGUGGAAGAUUUCCAGUGGAACUACCCACAUAUUGAUCUCUGCAAAUUACUUUCAACACUUGAGCGAGCUCUUGAAGUGGAAUAAUUGAAAAAAAAUAGACAUGCUACGCAAUUCAGUAGUACGUCGAAGACGGAAAAAACCGAUGUUGAAUUUAUUUUCACCUUUUCCCUUUCUUUCAUGAUCAUGUUAUAUAACAAGAGCAAAAAACGCAAUACACUGUAGAAACAUUGAGAAACGAAUAUGAACGACGAUGAAAACAAACAACAAAUAGGUAUUGUAUGGUUCGACCCGAACCUAGAAGUCAGCAAAGCUCGAGAAACAUAUAUUUCACGUCUACGAAAGCUGGUUGAUUUUGUUUACUUCAAUGACAAAGAAGACCCAUGCAUUGAAUCAAUUCAAACCAGUACGGACAAGAAAAUUAUUGUCAUUACAUCAGGAACAUGUGCGAAAAGAUCAAGAUUCUUACCAAAUGUUAUUGAACUAAAACAGGUUGACUCGGUCUUUAUCUUUUGUUACAAAAGAGAUUCUUACCUAAAUUUAAAAGAUCAAUUCAGGAAAAUUCUCGAUUUGGUGGUCGAUUUCGAAUGCUUACUAGAAUUUGUGAAACAACGAGUUUCUUUCCUUAACCAAUUAUUUCAAGAGUUCGCCAUCCUAGACUAUUAUCAUCCUUCGACUCAAGACGGCACUGAACUCUCUGCCAAAUUCAUCUGGUUCCAAUUAGCAAGAGAAAUCAUUCUCCACCAAGCUUACAGUGAAGAUACGAAGCAAGAAAUGAUCAGAUUUUGUCGACAUUACUAUCGUGAUAAUCAAUUUGAACUUAAGAAGAUUGAUGAUUUCGAGCAGAAUUAUCGUCUGGAAAAUAUACUUCGUUGGUAUACGCAGGAAUGCUUUGUCUACAAAAUGAUCAAUAAAGCGCUGCGAUCGGAAGAUCUGGAGCAAUUGCUGCGUUUUUCAUUUUUAAUUGCUGCUCUUUCCAAAAGAUUAGCCGAUGGACAAAAUAACCCACGUCGAAAGAUGCCGUCAACAAUAACUGUAUAUCGUGGUGUUCGUUUACAUAGAACGGAAGUUGAUCGACUAAUGAAGAGUGUCAAUCGUUUGAUAUGUAAUCAAGGCUUUUGGUCCACCAGUCUCCGUCGUGGUCGAGCUUUGACUUUCGCGACAAGUUAUGCUGCAACCGACGUGAUUUGUCCUGUUCUUUUCGAAAUCAGUUGUGAUACUCGUGAGGAUCGUACAAGGGCUGUCUUUGUUAAUAUUAGCGAAGAAAGUUCUCAUCCACUGGAAGAAGAGAUCUUGUUCGAUUUGGGAACUCCAUUUAAAAUCACAGCAGUCAUCCGGGACGACGAGAAAUAUGUCAUUCGGUUAGAACUUGCUGGUGAUUCUUUAUCCAUCACUGACUCCUAUUUUCUACAGAAACGUCAUGCAUUAGAAAAUAAACGUACUGAUUUAUCUCUAGUCAUGCUAUUAUGUGAAUUGGGGCGAUAUCGAAAGGCGCAGCAAUACUUAGAACAGCUUCUGCACAAUGCCAAUGACGAAGAUCGAAUCUGGAUCGAAUUGAACCUGGGUCGGACGAAGUUCUAUCAGAAUCAACUGGAUCAAGCGAAGACACACUAUGAUCAAGUGUAUAAGACUCUGAUCACAGUCAAUCCACCUCGGAUUCUGGAUGCUACUAUCGCAUUGGAGAAUAUUGCUCUGGCAUUAAAAGAGCAAGGAAGACUGGAGGAAGCACUGAAAAAGCAUCAGGACGUAUUGAAUAUGCGGGAAAAACAGUUGAGACCCAAUGACAUAAAUAUUCAACGCAGCUUGAUUAAUAUAGGAAAUGUUUACCACGCAUUAAACAAUUAUGAUACAGCUUUGCAACACUAUCGUAAAGCUUUACAAUUACACAAUGAUUAUCAUUCAGAAAAUCUUCGAGAAAAAGCCAUCUGUCUUAAUCAUAUUGGCAGUACUGAAAUCGAACAGGGAAAUUAUAGUGCUGCAUGCGAUGCUUUCCAACAAGCGUUCCAGAUUCGUCAACAAAUUUUUCCACCGGAUCAUCCACAUAUAGCUGAAAGUUUAUAUAAUAUUGGUAUUGUUCAACGACAACAAGGCGAUUACUAUGAUGCAUUGGACUCUUGUAGACGAGCAUUGGCUAUUCGACAGAAACUUUUCUCGGACGAUCAUCCACUCGUCGCAGAUACUCUUGAGCUCAAAGGCAAGAUUUAUCACAGCCAAAACAGAUUUCAAGAUGCACUUGAAAUUCAUCGAAAAAACCAAGGCAAUAAUUCAUCACGUAUAAGAACACAUCAAAAAAUGAACAAACAUUACGAUUUACCUACAGAUGAUUGGAAACUGACAUGCAAACUCUUACCAAAUUAUAAGACCUUGUCUUCUCAUGAAUUCAAACAUUUACUCUGCAAAACUAUUCAAACGGAUCAUUAUCAGAUUCAACAAUGGUUAGCAAGUACUGAAAUUUUACAAUUCUCACAACAACUUGCUAUAUUCAUAUGUACUUCCUUUCAAUUGAAAAUCGAAGAAGAUUAUUGGUACUACAUUGGCAAUUUAAACAUGCCUGUUGUAACUUGGUUAUCAGAAGUAUCGAAAGAUGUAGCAGAAAAAAAUUUCAUUAAUUGGGAUCAUUCGAAAACAAAACUAAAUAUUCAAUAUCAACAAAAUCUCAUUCGAAAUAAAUUACAACGGUUAGAAAUUAAUUUAUACAAUUAUUUACAACGAUAUUCAUCAAAUUUAAAAAUGAACGAUGAUAAAAUAUCUUUUGAACAAUGGAUGAAUAUCAUAUGCAAUGCUCUUUUUGUUCUCAUGCAAAAUGAUUCGCAUCAUUUCAAUACAAAUUUCGAACAGAAGAAAAUCUUAUUUACGUAUAAUAUCAAUGAUGCAAAUCUUGUCAAAUCAUUCUAUGAUUUAAAUCCAAUAGAAGAACAGGUUAUUAGUCAACAAAAGAAACGUUCGUCAAGGAGUAAUCAAGUUAUGGUUAAAGGAAUAAUUCCAGGUAAUCAUUCAAUAACAAAUAUGAAACAAAAUGAAUUCGACAUUGAUGGUAGUGAUCAAAAGAAUCAAUUAUCAUCUAUGAAAUGCUUUUCUCCUUCAAUGCGUGCUAUUAUUCAAGCUCGUCUCGAUAAUAUCGAACAACGUGCUCAACAAAUUAUAAAAUUUAUUCAUGUUUCGUCUCAAGAAUAA